GUAGAUUGCAUCAAUGGUAGAUUGCAAUGUGUCGAUGUUUUUAUUGUUAUUUUAAAUAUAUUAUUGCGUAGUUAGGUACUUUUAUACUGUCUGGUAAAGAAUGGCGAUAUUAAUAAAAACAACAGAUAAAGAAAACAAUUCUACAUGGGCCAUAAUAGAACUACAGGGUGAUUUGAAAUCUCACAGUGAUUCGCCGUUUGAAGGUCAAUUCAUUGGCGAUUUGCACUUUACCAAAACGGGAACUCCUCUUCUCCUAAUAGGACACCACCUGUUGCACGGGAAGGAGGUCACACUAGACAAGCCCUAUGCCCUUUUAGUGAAGAAUAAAGUUUCAACAAAAGAUAAUCAAACUGAGUAUGUCGCUAAACACAUUAUUACCAAGAAACUCAUUUUUAAAACGAGGCCAAAACCUAUUAUCGGAAAUGUAUGAAUAAUUAUAAUAUUAAAAAUUAUUAC